CAGCCCUGCCCACCUCACGCCGCUUGGCCCCUGGAGUUACAGAAGGUGCAGCGGCGGGAGCCUGGUGCACAGCGAGACACGGGGGGGGAGAGAGAGAGAGAGAGAGAGAAGUUUCCGCGGAAGAUAUUCUUCAGGGAUCAGGAAUGUCUUCUGAGCCCAUGUCUUCAGCUUCUGAGCAGUCCCCCACUUCUCCAGGGUCUCCACGUUCUCUCCGCCUGCCCGAAAACCGCAGAACAAGAGAUCGCUCUCCAUCUCCCAUGCGAGGUUACCUUAUCCCCAGUCCCCUUCCAACUCGACGGACCAGGACGUUUUCAGCGACCGUGCGGGCCUCUGAAGGCCCCAUCUAUAAAGGAGUCUGUAAAUGCUUCUGUCGCUCCAAAGGCCACGGCUUCAUUACUCCUGAGGAUGGAGGGCCAGACAUCUUUGUACACAUUUCUGAUAUUGAAGGAGAAUAUGUUCUAGUGGCUGGCGAUGAAGUCACCUACAAGAUGUGCUCUAUUCCACCUAAGAAUGAGAAGCUGCAGGCUGUAGAUGUGGUCAUUACCCACCUAGCACCUGGAACAAAACAUGAGACCUGGUCAGGACAUGUUAUUAGUUCCUAAGUUAUCCUGCAUGGAGCUGUAUCAGCGAAGACACUCAACAACUGACUUUCACGUGAGACUGACAAAUGAAUAUUUUGCAUAUUGAGUGGGAAAACGGUUAAGGUAGGCGUUGGCCAAAUUACCAUUUUUACAAUAGGCACGAUACUUAAAAACAACAUACAAACUCUAAGGAAAAAAAUAGCUUAAGGAAAUUUCCAUGCCGGACUUGUCUGCUUUUAUGUCAAGUCAUAUGCAUCCGAAGAAGUGGGCUGUAGUCCACGAAAGCUUAUGCUCUAAUAAAUUUGUUAGUCUCUAAGGUGCCACAAGUACUCCUGUUCUUCUUUUUGUCUGCUUUUGUGAUCUGUGACCUGAUGAUAGUGGCUGCCCAAAGGUGUUAGGAACUCUCAUGAAAACAGAUCCGCAGCACCGAGGGACAUAGCUUAGAGACCCAAUAUCCACCUGUAACAUUGUUCCCGUGGCUAAAUUUCAGUAAAUGUGAUGAAUGCUCAGGCAGCAGAAUGUCAGCAGAAUACUGCUAAAAAGUCUCUGAGUAAAUGUACUUGAGAGAACGAGAGAGAGACAUUCGUUGCUGCAAUUUCUUUUCUUCACAAGCUAAAUAACAAGCACACUGUACAAAGUCUUUAUCUGACAGUUAUCAGUUUUGACAGCACCUUCUGGUUAACUGUCAGGUGGAACAGUUGCAAAUUAGCUAGCUGCAGAGUGUGGAAUUGUUAGCUUUAUUAAAUGUGGAUUGUUUGUGAAUUUACUUUGUGUGCCUUGAUGGGUGAUUAGCAACAGAUUUACAGGCCAGUAGUUACAAAAGUAGGUUGCUUCACACUAAGCAGUAGAAAAACAACAGAGGUGGGAGUGGUUCACAGCCUCUGAUGGUGCCUGAAUUUAAUGAAAUCUGUUAACUGCCUUGAUUUUUUUCAUAUAUCCAUGUUUGAUAGAGUAGUUAGUGUCUACCAUGGUUCGUUAGCAUUUACACAUUCACAUCACUUGUGAAAAAGCGAACUCUGCCAUGUUCAGAUCACUGUAUAUAAAAUGCUGUGUGAAUUAUUUAGUAGCUUGCGUUAUAAAGCCUUGUAGUGAAUUCUGCAGCCAUGUUUUCCUGCAAAGCUUGCUCGGUGGUAUAUAGUGCUGCCAGCACCACCACGAAUCUCUUCUCCGCUUCUGUUGCUGCAGGUGUUCAUGCAGACAAACUAUUGUAACUGUUAAUCUCUGCACUAGCUCUGAUACUGCUUGUCCGCCAAGUUUUCCAAAUGAAGCAUUGUCCCUCCCUAUUCCCCCCCCCAAGGUAGCAGAAAUUAAAAUGGUUGGAAUCAAACUCUCUUCUCUUAGUUACAUGGAAUUUGCCUGUUCACUAUAGUAACAAUGAGUACUUGUGCUGUUGUGGAAUGCAUGAAGAUGCUAUUUCACAGAGAAAGGUGAAAUGUCUCAAGCAAUUUCAACCUACAGUGAUUAAAAGAAAAGAAAUGUGAAGGUUAAUAAUUACUGUGAUGUUUUGUUUUACUUUUAAUUCAUCUAUAUUGUACUAAAUAGUUUGUAAGCUAGUUUUAAACCUGUAUGUGUUGUGGGUUUAAUAUGCUGUAGAUUGUAGAUUAGCAUACACUGCUUCCUUCACAAUAAAAGUUUAUUUCAUAA